CAUAUUGAUUUAUAGGAAGGGAUUUAACAAAGAUUAAUUCAUAGACAUCCCAGACCAUAUAAAUCUCAUACUAGCGUGUAUAUCUUGCUUCUUGUCUAUCUCAUCCGAAAAGAGCACCCUAGUGAGGUUUGUGUUUCCUGAUUGUUCCAAUCCUAUCAAUAAAACUUCCCGAUCCUUUUUUCCAUUUGAUCGUUCACUCAUUCAGAAAUUAAACCAAGAGGUCCCUUUUUUUUUUCUGUCAAAGUCUUCAUGAAACGAUCAUCCAUACUAGAAAUUUGAAACUUUUUACAAGAUCCUUUUGGUGAUACUCUUUUUGCUAUAGAACUCACGAAAUCUGUUCAAGAAGUAUGAGAGCAGGAGGGUGCACAGUGCAGCAAACUCUGACAGUUGAGGCAGCAACGGUCGUAAAACAGGCGCUAGCACUAGCCAGAAGACGCGGUCAUGCCCAGGUAACACCGCUUCAUGUUGCAAACACCAUGCUUUCAGCUUCCAAUGGCCUACUCCGAACGGCUUGUCUCCAAUCUCAUGCUCACCCCCUCCAAUGCAAAGCCCUAGAGCUUUGCUUCAACGUUGCACUCAAUCGUCUCCCUGCUUCUUCAUCUGGCCCCAUGUUAGGUGCUCACUCUCAACACCCAACAAUCUCCAAUGCGCUCGUUGCUGCCUUCAAGCGAGCUCAAGCCCAUCAAAGGCGUGGCUCUAUAGAGAAUCAGCAGCAACCCCUUCUAGCUGUGAAAAUUGAGCUAGAGCAGCUUGUAAUAUCCAUAUUGGAUGACCCUAGUGUCAGUAGAGUCAUGAGAGAAGCAGGUUUUUCAAGUACUCAAGUGAAAAGCAAUGUAGAACAAGCUGUUUCCCUGGAACUAUGUUCUUCUCAAUCUCAAGCCCCGCCAUCGAGGAACAAGUCCAAAGGAAAUGACCUUCUUGUCUUGUCCCAGCCGACUCCAAAUGCAGACAGUGCACUGAAAGUAAGCAAACUUAGUGCAUCUGGUACUCCUGUUAAGGAUGAAGACGUGGCCUGUGUGUUUGAGAAUUUAGUAAACAAAAGAAGAAAGAAUUUUGUAAUAGUAGGUGAAUGUCUUGCCAGCUUAGAAGGGGUGGUUGGAGGAAUGAUGGAUAAGAUUGAUAAAGGUGAUGUUGUAGAUGGGUUGAGGGAGGUGAAAUUUGUAAGUGUUCCGCUGAACAGUUUUGUUAGUCUCCACAGGGAAGAGGUUGAACAGAAAAUAGGGGAGUUGACCUGCUUGGUGAGAAGUCUUGUGGGGAAAGGAGUUGUAUUAUACUUGGGGGAUCUAAAGUGGGUUGCUGAUUACAGGGCUAAUUCUGGUGAGCAAGGAAGAAAUAAUUACUAUUGCCCCGUGGAGCACAUGAUCAUGGAACUGGGGAGAUUGCUUUGUGGGGUUAUAGAAAAUGGAAGGUGUUGGCUCGUGGGAAUCGCUACCUUUCAAACAUACAUGAGAUGCAGCAGUGGCUACCAUUCGCUUGAAACUCUUUGGGGACUGUAUCCGAUUACACUGCCUGCGGGCAGUCUUGGUUUGAGUCUCAAUACCGAGAGCGGCACUGGCUCAGAAAGCGAGUCAAGAAGCAAAAAAGCACAAAACGACUCAUUUCAGUUCCUACUUGGGAACAUGGAGGAGGGGCAGCUAACAUGCUUUGCUGAUGCCGAAGUUCAAAGUGUCAAAAGCAGCAUCUCUAACAGUGAGGCUUCAAUGUCAAGUCUACCUGCAUGGCUCAAGGAUGAAAGCAAAAGACUCAAAAACAAUGAUCAGAACUGUGCUGCGCUAGUUAAAUGGAACCCGAUUUGGAGUCCAGUCCACAAACAGACCAAGCCACUCGAGAGAACAUUAAGCUUCUCUCCAUCAUCCUCGCCUUCCUCUUCUACUUCCUUCUUCUCAUAUGAUCAACAGCAUAUCGAUUUACAUGACAGCCCUUCGAUGCUCUUUGAGCUUAGGCAAUCCUUUAGGGUCGACCCUAAGCAAGCUAUUUCACCUAUUACUUCUUCUACUCCAAAUUCUGCUUCUUCAAGCGACCUCAUGGAGAUGGAGUACAUUCCAAGGUUUAAGGAGUUCAAUGCUGAGAACCUGAAUAUCUUAUGCAAUGCGUUGGAGCAAAAGGUCCCAUGGCAGAAACAUGUUGUUCCCGAUAUUGCUGUGACUAUCCUGCAAUGCAGGUCUGGAAUGUUGAGAAGAAAAGAAAAGAUCACAAGUACUACUGGUCAUGAGGUCAAAGAAGAGGCAUGGCUAUUCUUCCUAGGUCUUGACGUGCAAGCUAAAGAAAAGAUUGCAAGGGAAUUAGCUAAAGUUGUUUUUGGUUCUCACUCAAGCUUUUCAUCUAUUGCUUUAAGCAGUUUUUCAUCGACAAGAGCUGAUUCAACUGAAGAUUUGAGAAAUAAAAGGUCGAGAGAUGAACAAAGCUGUAGUUACAUUGGAAGACUUGCACAAGCAAUUUCAUUGAAUCCUCAUCGUGUUUUCUUAGUGGAAGAUGUGGAGCAAGCUGACUUUAGCUCUCAGGUGGGCAUAAAAAGGGCUGUUGAAAGAGGAAGCAUCACAAACUCAAGUGGCGAACAAGUAAGUCUCAGCGAUGCCAUUAUAAUUUUGUCCUGUGAGAGUUUUAGCUCUAGAUCAAGAGCCUGCUCUCCUUCUAAGCAGAAAAUAGAAGAAAAAGGUGGCACCAUGGACGAAACCCGAAGCCCUUGUGUCUCAUUGGACUUGAAUAUUUCCUUUGAUGAUGACAGCGUUGAAGAAGAUCAGUCCAUUGAUGAUAUAGGGAUUCUUGAAAACGUGGAUAGAUGCAUCGUCUUCAAAAUCCAGGAACUGUAGGUGGAGUUAGUUUAAAUAACUGUAAUCUAAUCUAAUCCUCUGAUUUUUCGUGUAAUCAAGAGCUUUUCUUUUCUUUUGUCGGAUAAUAAAUAGGUCAAUAGGUCUCUGUAGACCCUUUCUGCGUUCACUUUAGCUCUGUAAAUAGGAGAACCAGUAGACGACAUCUUAGUCCCUAAUUCCUCUUUUAUCUGUUUCACUUUUAGAUUUUUAUUUGUCAUCUCUUCUGACUUUCGCUUCAUAAAUUUUGACAAAAAUUAAUCUUCUUUCCCGUCAA